GCAUUUUGACCAUUCAGUUCAAUUCCGUAAGUUGUUCUCAAAUAACACGAAAUUCGCAGUCGUUGAAGCGUUAAAGUUUAAAUUGUGAAAAUUAUAUUAUAGAAAUGCGCAUAACAUUUCUGUUCGUCUUGGCCUUGACGGGUGUCUUUGUUGACGUGGUACUCGCACGUGACAGAGCACAUCCACGUAGCAGUUCGACACGACUCGGCUCCGCACCGCACAUCACAAACGAAGCCGAACGCGAUGCAAGCUAUUGGAAUGAAUUUGCACAGGAGACACUCCAAGAGAAGAUCCAACAAGCAGCGAACCUGAAUGCAGCUAAUGGCGCUAAGAAUGUUAUAAUGUUCUUGGGCGAUGGUAUGUCCGUGCACACAGUCACAGCUGCGCGCAAUCUAAUUGGUGACAGCGCAAAUCAAUUGUCCUUCGAACAGUUCCCCUACUUUGGCUUGUCAAAGACAUACUGCGUGGACCGUCAAGUGGCCGAUUCCGCGUGCACAGCUACCGCCUAUUUGGGUGGAGUGAAGGCCAACUACGGUACGAUAGGUGUGAAUGCCAAAGUGAAGCGUUACGAUUGCACCACCGGUCAGAAUCCCGCUAACUUUGUGGAGAGUAUCGCCAAGUGGGCACAGGAUGCUGGCAAAGAUGCGGGUCUGGUGACAACGGCACGUGUAACGCACGCCUCACCGGCUGGCGUGUAUGCGCAUACAGCCAAUCGUGAUUGGGAGAAUGAUGCCAAGGUUUUGGAGAAAGGUGGCUGCAGCGCCAAGGAUAAUGUGGAUAUUGCACGUCAGCUGGUCGAAUGGGAUGUGGGUAAAAAGUUGAAGGUUGUUAUGGGCGGUGGACGACGCAAUUUCAUUAACACUACCGUUAACGAUGAGGAAGGCUUGCCUGGUCAUCGUACAGAUGGACGCAAUCUUAUACAGGAUUGGUUGAAGGAUAAACAAGCGAACAAACAGCAAGCGGCUUAUGUGUGGAGCAAGAAGGGUUUGAGUUUGGUUGAUUUGGAUAAAACUGAAUAUCUGUUGGGUUUGUUUGCCAGCUCGCAUUGCCCGUACAAUGGUGAUUUACAACGCAGCAACUACAAACUGGUCAAACCAUCGUUAACCGAGAUGACCGAGGCGGCAAUUAAAGUGUUGCAAAAGAAUAAGAAUGGCUAUUUCCUCUUCGUCGAAGGUGCACGCAUCGAUAUGGCACAUCACGAUACACGCGCACGUAAAUCUUUGGAGGAUACUGUGGAAUUUGCACGCGCCAUUGAACGUGCGCGCGAUAUGACCUCAGAGGAGGACACACUUAUCGUCGUGACGUCAGAUCACUCGCACACCAUGACCGUUAAUGGUUAUCCUUAUCGCGAUCAACCAAUCACUGGUUUAUCCAAUGCGCUUGGCGAUGACGAUUUGCCAUACACCAUCUUGUCCUAUGCCAAUGGUCCUGGUUUCAGCAACACCUACCAUGACAAAGCGGGUCGCAAAGAAAUCACACCUGAGGAGACCGAAAAUGUGCGUUUUGAAUACCCGGCCACAGCACCUUUGAGUUCGGAAACACAUGGCGGUGAUGAUGUGGGUGUUUUCGCCUCCGGACCGUUUGCUCAAUACUUCAGCGGCAACUAUGAACAGUCAAAUAUUCCCGCUAUGAUGGCACGCGCUCUCAAUGUCGGACCUUUUGCUAAUCUGUAAAUUACUGGUCCAUAAUGAAAAUUAUACGAAAUGCUCUGCAUUUAUGUGCCACAAAGUAUUUAUAAAUAAAAUUUUACUCUUUUAAACUAUAAAAUAAA